UCGUUUCGGGCUUGAGCACCGUCUCACUCAUCUGUCCGCAUAUCGUUCGACAUCCAACAUGCAGGACAAGAGAUUGCAGCGAUCCAAGCAUGCGGAUACUAGUCCGAAAUGAUGUUGACAGCAUUAGCGCGCUCCUGGUCAUAAUCUGGGUAUAAUAAGAACUUUUGCCCUUCGAAGUCACAAAAAGUAACACACCUGUGCUGGACACUCAUUCAUUCCCAAUUUACACACUCAUUUUUUGUUUUCAGUCACUCUUUUUUCAGUCAUUCUUUACCAAAAUGAAGACCGUCGCUAUUCUCGCAGGCAUCACUGCCAUUGCGAAUGCCCAUGCUACUUUCCAGCAACUCUGGAAGAACGGAGAGGAUCUCGAGAGCACCUGCGCGCGUCUGCCCUCUUCAAACAGCCCUAUUGAGGACUACACGAGCACCGCUCUGCAAUGUAACGUCAACCCGGCUGCUGCCAGCGGGAAAUGCGCAUUCGAGGCAGGAGACACUGUGACAGUCGAGAUGCACCAGCACGAUACCCGUAGCUGCACCGAGGAGGGUCUUGGAGGCGCCCAUUGGGGUCCUGUUCUCGCUUAUAUGAGUAAGGUUGAGGAUGCCGCCGCCGCCGACGGAUCAAGCGAGUUCUUCAAAGUUUAUCAAAACGGCUGGAAAAAGAACGCGGCGGCUUCCCAGGGCGACAACGACUAUUGGGGAACCAAGGACCUCAACUACAACUGCGGCAAGCUCGACUUUGUCAUCCCCUCCGAUCUCGCCCCAGGUGACUACCUUCUACGUGCUGAGGCUAUCGCUCUUCACGCUGCUAGUACCAGUGGUGGUGCUCAGCACUACGUGACGUGCUACCAACUUACUGUGACCGGUAGUGGUUCGGCCACACCAGCUGGUGUCACCUUUCCCGAGGCUUAUACCAAGACCGGCCCUGGGCUUGGGUUCUCCAUCCACGCUGAUUUGAGCAGCUACCCCAUGCCUGGCCCUGAUCUAAUCUCUUCUGGAACUGAGGCUGUUCCUCAACUCCUUACCUUCGGCGAGAUCACCGGUGUUCCUGCCGCUACCGGUGGCGCCUCCAAGUCUGCUGCUUCAACCUCUGCUACCAAAGCCGCCGUCUCUACUGCCGCGCCGGUCUCGUUUUCCGCUACGCCCAUCGUAUCUUCCACAGCCUCAGCAGCCUCUUCUGCCGCGCCUAUCUCCUCCGUUGCGCCUGCACAGAUCUCCAGCACAACCGCCGAAGCCGAAACGACCCCUGCUCCCGCUACGUCCGAGACCCCUUCGGCCACGUCCGCGGUUGAGUCGGAGGUUCUAACCAGUUCUUACGCUGCGGAGGUGUCUAGCGUCGUCUUUUCAUCCGUUGUCAAGCCCAGCGCUAUCUACACUUUCGCCAACAGCUCUCUUCCCGCGUCUACCCCGGCCUCAGCUCUUGUGACUGCACCAAGUACUCUCGUCACCUCCGCUAAGCCUGUUCAAACUUCAGUCGCCGCCACCGGCCCCAUUAAGAUCUACUACCAGUGCGGCGGACUCGACUUCAAGGGCGCCAACACCUGCGAGGAGGGUCUUGAGUGCAAGGAGUGGAACCCCUACUACUCGCAGUGCGUGAAGCCCGAAGCUACCCAAGCUGGUCCCUCCAAGGGCCCUAUGCCAUCCUCCGCAACUCUUAGCGCGACCGCAACCGCAACCGCUGCCGUCACACCUAUCGUUUCAGCCGAACCUACCGUUGUUGCGCCAGUUGACGUUAAAUCGAGUGCUACUGCUCAAGCUAGUGCUACCGCUACCGCGACCACUCCUUCCACGCCAGAGUCGUCUCAGGCACCUGCUGAGGAUGAGGAGUACUCUCUGGAGUCCUUCAUCGCGUGGCUUGAGGAGCAAGACCAGCCUACUUCUGCGUCCAGCACAAAGGCCCGCCGCCAUGCCCGUGCUUUCCGUGUUUAGAUCACGGUCGGGAUGGCUGUUCGUCUUCUUCUAUGUAGAGAUACAAGUGGCCUUUUGCAGCCACUUGUAAGCAUGUGUCUCCUCGAGGGAGACUUUCGAUUCUUGUAGCGAUCCACUUUGAAUGAUAUUUUUUUGAUGCACAAAGUGUCUGAAUCUUGUCGUGACGUUCUUG